AUGCGGCGCGUCUCGGGCAUCUUGGUCGUGGCAGCUUUCAUCACUUCAACUUUUGCUGGCGUCAUCCAGCCUGUCGCUAAAGAUGCUAGGGACAGCGAGGAGUUGGACGUCAAAUUGACUCAGGUCGAUGGUACCGUCAUCAAGGCAGUUACACUGCUCCAGUCAAGAAAGUCACCAUCUAUAGUCAAGGUAUUAAUAGACAUCCAAGAAUCUCACGCGUUGAGGUCCCCGUUCGGGGGCAUCCGAGUUCGUCAUAAGACCAGUGACCUUUCAUCCGAUGUCAUCACACAUCUUGCCCCCGGCGAGUCAUUUGAGGAUGAGUUUGAUGUAGCUUUUACGUCCGAUCUUUCUCAGGGCGGCCCUAUCGUUCUACAGACUCAGGGAUAUGUUCCCACCACAGAUACGGGUGGCAAAACGCUUUCCGGAGUUGUUCGCUACAAGUCCAAUAAGCUUGAGAUCGAUGUUGAUGGCACCACUGCCGCGAAGAGUUUUGCUGCCAUGAAUCAGUUUGCAAAGAUUGCCAAACUUAGCUCCUGCGAGGGCUCCCAAGGAGACGAUACCAGGCGCGCUCUUAGAGAUUGUGCAUCUCUUUCUACUCUCUCAGCUGCUCAGGCAUGGGCUGGGGGCCCAAAAAUGAUGGAGUACUUCAAAGCUAAUGAUGAGACAACACGCAAACUAGUAGCGGACCGAUUCACAGCGAUUGCCUUGGAAUCAUCCAAUCUUACUGGCGGCAGUACAACCUACUACUGCCGUGACCCAUACAACAUAUGCACAAACAACAUCAUAGCCUACACCAUACCUGCGGAAAACCUCAUAUCUAACUGUCCUAUUUACUACACGGAGUUUGACAAUGUGAAUAGAAAAUGCCAUGGCCAGGAUCGAGUUACCACAUCCCUCCACGAGUUUACUCAUGCUCCGAGUGUUUUCAGUCCAGGAACUAAAGACAUUGCUUAUGGAUACGAUGCAUGCAUUCUUCUUUCGACCAGAGAUGCCCUGAACAACGCUGAUACUUUUGCUCUAUUUGCGCAAUGUGAGCUAUUGAGUCCGGAUUCCGUCCUUGUUGAUAAAAUAGCUGACCUUUUUGACAGCCAUAAACGCCGGGUGCUAAGCGAUAAUUAA